CCGAACGCCCCUCUAUUUAUGCCCUCACUGGAUGAACCAACGGAGGGAUUUGCAUUUCCGCUCAUUUGACCUCAACCGCCGCCGCUGCCGCCAUCGCCAUGGCCGACGAAACCUCCGAGACCCGCAACAGCGCCAGGCUCCGGAUUCUGGAGCUGGCCAACAUGAUCAGCGUCCCCAUGUCUCUCAAUGCCGUCGUCCGUCUCAACGUCGCCGACGCCAUUUGGCAGCGCGGCUCCAACGCCCCGCUCUCUGCCGCCGAGAUUAUCUCCCUCGUCCUCCCUUCCGGCGACCCCGACAACCUCCAGCGCAUCCUCCGCAUGCUCACCAGCUACGGCGUCUUCGCCGAGCACCACUCCCCCGACGGCUCCCAACCCAGAUACUCGCUAACUGAGAUCGGGAAAACGCUCGUGACGGACGAGGAGGGGUUAUCGUAUGGGGCGUACGUGCUGCAGCACCACCAGGAGGCGCUGAUGAGGGCGUGGCCACUGGUGCACGAGGCGGUGGCGGACCCGACGACAGAGCCCUUCGUGACGGCCAACGGGGAGCCGGCGUACAGCUACUACGGGAACAAGCCGGAGAUGAACGGCCUCAUGAAGAGGGCUAUGUCGGGAGUAGCGGUGCCGUUCAUGAGGGCGAUCUUGGACGGCUACGAUGGUUUCGGAGAGGUGGAGCGACUGGUGGAUGUGGGCGGCAGUGCCGGGGAUUGCCUGAGGAUGAUUCUGCGAAAACAUCCGAAUGUGAAGGAGGGGAUCAACUUCGAUUUGCCGGAGGUUGUUGCCAAGGCCCCCGACAUUCCCGGUGUGAAGCAUGUCGGCGGCGACAUGUUCAAGUCUAUUCCUACCGGCGAUGCCAUUUUCAUGAAGUGGGUACUAACAACAUGGACCGAUGAAGAAUGCAAGCUGAUCUUGAACAACUGCUACAAGGCACUCCCGGCAGGAGGAAAGCUGACUGUUUGUGAACCGGUGCUGCCAAAGGAAACCGAUGACAGUCACCGGACUAGAGCCCUCCUUGAAGGAGACAUCUUUGUCAUGACAAUCUACCGUGCCAAGGGUAAGCACAGGACAGAGGACGAAUACCGGCAGCUUGGCCUCUCCGCCGGUUUCACCCAUUUUAUGGCAUUCUAUAUCGAUUACUUCUAUACGGUGCUUGAAUUCCAGAAAUGACUCUUCUCAUAGCUGGUCCUGCUUCAAUCUGCAUGAUGACUGGAACACCGUGUGAUAAUCAAUUAUAAUAACUUAUCCUUUCCCUAUAGGCCUGCACUUUCUUGAUGAUUACCUUCUUUAGCACACGAGGUUCACAAUGGAAAUCCACAACUACAUGUGGCAAUCAUCCCCCAUUACUAACAGUGGAAGGAUGUAUUUCUAUGGCGAUCGUAUUGGUUGUUGUCAACAGAAAAAAUGUUUUUUGGGAGGAGGUGAAAACUGUCUGUUCGUGUGGGCCAUAUCUGCAUUUGGUCAGCCAAUAAACCAGCACUAGUCUAGGAGAAUUGUUUGUGUACGAAGCUUUUCCACUCUACAAAGUGUUGAGAAGGGACCAUUUUUACAUGUAAUCUUACUUUUUCCUUCUUCGUAGAAACUGUUUCUGUAAUUCAAAUGUGACGGACAUUUCAAUUACAACGAAGCCAACUCAUCAGUUCAAGCUCUUAACGAAGUUCAUUCUUAAUUUUCUUGGAGGAGGAGAGAUAUGGAAGAAAAAUGUGAGGGUAUUACGAGGAAGGGAACUAUUCUGGAUA